AUGAAGACAGUUAAUUGUUACGUGCUGUUAUUUUGCUGGGAAGCAAUUUGUUGCAAUUGCUGUCAGCUCACCAAUAUUACCAUAGCAGUGGAAAGAGAAGAAUGUGAAUUCUGUAUUACAGUAAAUGCCACGUGGUGCUCAGGAUACUGCUUCACAAGGGAUCCAGUAUAUAAAUAUCCGCCAGUAUCAUCCGUUCAGCAAACAUGUACCUUCAAGGAGGUUGUGUAUGAAACAGUGAAGAUCCCUGGCUGUGGUGACCAUCCUGAAUCUUUUUAUUCAUACCCGGUAGCUACAGAGUGCCACUGUGAGACCUGCGACACUGACAGCACUGACUGCACUGUGAGGGGGCUGGGGCCAUCCUACUGUUCCUUCAGUCAGAAUGGAAGUAACCAAUGAAGGGCACCUGAGGUGGCAGUUUGGCUUCAAAUGUUCACUUCUAAAUAAAGGUACUGAUUGGGCUUAAGUGGAAGAUCAUAGGCAAGGUUAUUUAGAAACUGCCAAGAUUGAAACAAAGAUUUUGAAGGCCAAAAUGGAGACCUACUGACUAAACUUCUCUUCAGGCCUUCUCUACUUAUCCCAUCAGUUUCCUUACAAUCAUUUUCAUAUGUCUAUAGAACUCUG